GCCGCUCAGAGCUCUUGACCGCUGGCCGCAGAUGAAAUGCAGUUUGGCGGAGCGACGCUAAAAACAACGAAUGUGUGCGAAAAACACCGGGAUAAAACCCCGAAACCUGCCGAUUCCUCCCGUGAUCCGGUAGAUAAGCGAUUAUAACCACCUGCGGCUCGAUAAUCGCGCUCGCCGCUGACGGUGUAUCCGUUUCGUCGCGACACUUUACGAUCAAAUAACAAGACAAACCAACGUAUCAUUAUUUCGUUUUCACCUGUGUUACGUUUAAACGCACGAUAAUAAAACAGACGUGAAUGUAAAGGCUUUAUUUAUUAUUUUACCAAGUAGUUAAACUAUGGAGAAAAAGCUAUAUAAAUCAGACAGACGUCCUCACCAUCAGCAGUCCUCCUCCAGCAGCAGCAGCGGGGAGUCCGGGGGCAGCAGCCCGGCCCACGGGGCGCCCACAGCGGCCAACGCCUUCGCCAACGACGGCAGCUUCAUGGAGCUGUUCAAGAAGAAGAUGGAGGAAGAGGAGGAGAGGAGGAAGAGACAGACCGAGGAGGAGGAGGACAAGACGAAGAAGAGCUCUGCUGCUGCAGGUCAAGCGCCUCAGGAAAAGAAGCCGCUUGGAGGAAGCAGCUUUGUGGGCAAGCGGAGAGGAGGCGCGAGACUGGCGCUCAAGACCGGGAUGGUGGCUAAAAAACAGAAGCUCGACUCCGAGGUGGAGGCUGGGAAAGGAGACGCCUGGACUAAAUACAUGGCAGAAGUGAAAAAGUAUAAAGCGCAUCAGUGUGGAGACGAUGAUAAAACCAGACCGCUGGUCAAAUAGACUGAACUGCUUCACACUGUCUGUUCCUCUCCUUCAGCUCUUCAUUUCCAGGUCGAGUUCUUUUUCCUGUGCACAGUGUUUGAUGGGUUCUGGUUCUUUUUGAGACAUUAUAAUUUAGUCCGUGGCAUCAGAGCGAUCUCGUUCCCCUUGCUGAUAUUUUGUCAACAUGUUUGGUUCUUGAAUGUCACCUGAUGAAGAUUGACGAUGAUGAAUUAAACUCACCGUACCACA